AAUUUUUUAUCUUCUUCUCUCAAUUAUCUUAUCAUCUUCAUUAUCUUUGGUAUCUCUCUCUAUCGAUUUGGUUUUCUUGUAAUGGCUUCAGAAAGGAUUCUUGUUAGUGGUGUGACUGAGAUCAUGAAGAAAUUGCUCCCGGUUAUUGGUCAACAGAUUGGUCGGGGAUGGGGUGUUAAAGAGGACCUAAAGAAACUUGGGAAAACGUUGGAGUCAAUACAAGCUUUAAUUUCUGAUGCCGAGGAGAAACAAAUAACCGAUGCUACUGUCAGACUUUGGUUGAGAAGGCUCAAAGACAUUGUUUACGAUGCAGAUGAUUUUAUGGAUGAAUUCAAUUAUGAAACCAUGCGUCUUUGCGAAAGAGGAAGUCAGCUCAAACACAAAGUACGCGACUGUAUGACUAAAUCCUCCAAUCCACUUGUGUUUCUUUCUAUGAUGGCUGAUAAAAUCCAAGCCAUUAAUAAAAGCUUGGAUUCAAUCUACAAUGAUAAAGUCAGAUAUUCGUUGAAUGUUACUAAUGAUGGUUGUCAAGUCGAUCAAAUAAUAGCGAACUGCAACCGGAUAACUACUUCAAUUGUUGAUGAUUCGGUGCUUAUAGGCAGGAAGGGCGCUACACUAGAAAUAGUAAAGAUGCUGACUAACAAAUGGUUGCCUUCAAUGUCUACAUCUACAGCACCACACCAUUCUUCUCUUGAAGGGCAACUUUCGGCCCUAUCCAUUGUGGGUAUGGGGGGUCUGGGUAAGACUUCUUUGGCGCAGUUGGUAUACAAAGACGAGUCCAUAAAAACACAUUUUGCAAUAAAAAUAUGGGUAUGUGUAUCUGACAAGUUUGAUGUCUAUAGGAUCGUAAAAGAAAUUUUAGAGUCCCUUACUGAUGGUUUAUGCGGGGCUUCAUCAAAUUGUAAUGUGCUGGCGAGACAAGUUCAGGAAAAACUGACUGGUAAAAAAUACCUGUUAGUACUAGACGAUCUUUGGAAUAAGGAUGCUGGAGAUUGGGAAAAACUACAUGGAAUCCUUUUCAAUGGUGUUGCAGGCAGCAAAAUAUUAGUCACCACACGAGACCAACAAGUUGCUUGUGUUGUCGGGGGUACGUCCUAUGAAUUACAAAAAUUAAAACAUGAUGAUUGUUGGUCUAUUAUGCAGAAUAAAAUUUCAUUUCCACUCUCUAAAAAUAUGUCAGAUAUUGGGUUUGACAUAGCGGAGAAAUGCGAUGGCUUACCACUUGCGGCGAACUUUCUUGGAAGUUUAUUAUCCUAUAAAAGGGAAGAAAGCCACUGGAUUUCCUUAAAGGACAACAAGAAUUUAUGGGUUCAAUCAAAAAAUAACAGAGUCAUAUCAAUCUUAAAAUUGAGUUAUGAUAACUUACCUUCACGUUUGAAACAAUGUUUUUCAUAUUGUUGUUUAUUUCCCAAAGAUUGGGAGAUUCAAAGAGAGAUAUUGAUACGUAUGUGGAUGGCGGAGGGAUUUCUUGAGCUACCUGCAGAUGAGGUAAAUAAUAGAUCCUUUGAAGAUAUUGGGAAUGAUUAUUUUGAGUUUUUGUUGUGGAACUCAUUCUUUCAGGAUACAAAAAAAGAUGGACUUGGUAUCAUCUCGUGUAAGAUGCAUGAUCUUGUGCAUGAUCUCGCAUUGAGUGUUGUGGAUGGUAAAGAAUUUGGGGUUGACGGGAAGGAAGAUGUUUCACAGCAAGUUCGUCGUUUACAAUUGAUAUGUGAUAGCGGAUCCUCGGCAACAGCUGCAGAAAUAUUUUCGAAGGCAGAGAAUUUGCGAACGAUUGUUGCUGUUAAUGCAUAUAAAUGUUCACAAAUCAGUGGUUUAUCUUCUACUAGGCGUUUACGGGUAUUGUAUCCGCUUGGUGGUUGGCAUACAAAAUUAUCCUUCUCAGAUUCUAAGUUCAUACAUUUGAGGUUCCUGGACCUCUCAUAUUUUGAAUUUGAUUUAUCGCAUGGUGUGUCAUUAAAUCAUUCUUACAAUUUGCAGACACUGAUAUUGGUUAAAUGCAAAACUGUUUCUGGUUUUCUUGGUGGAAUUGGGCGUUUGAAAAAUUUGAGACACCUCGAUGUCUCAUGGUCUGAUAUUAAAGUUUUACCUGAUGAUUCUUUCGUCAACCUCACCAAUUUGCAGACGUUGGAUCUCCAAAGGUGCGAGAAGUUUGAAGCCUUACCAGAAAAUAUUGGUUUGUUAAAACAUCUCAUGACGUUGAAUAUUAAGCAAUGUUGUAAAUUAGAUGCCUUACCUGCAGAACUAGAAGCAUUGACACGAUUAAGGUGCCUUAAUUUGUAUGGUACUAAGAUCAAAGUAUUGCCUGAAUCUUGCGUUAAAAACCUCUGUAAUUUGGAGAUAGUGGAUUUUGGAUCUUCAUGUGAGCUUCCCAAAGAAAUUAAGAAUUGGCCGAAACUAAGACAGUUUAGACAUAUGAGAAAGGAUGAUAUGAUGUCUAGAGGUAUAGAAAAGCUAACUUGCCUUGAAACAUUGGAUCCGUACAUGGUGAGGAUUCUUAGUGGGAUAGAAGAGUUAGCUGCCCUUAACUCCCUUCAAGUGUUGCGUAUAACAAAUCUAGAGAAUGUGAGUGGAAUUGAAGAUGCAGAGAGGGCAAAGUUGAAGGAUAAACAUCAUUUGAGAGAAUUAUAUCUAGAUUGGAGCAAUCAACAUAUAUAUUAUAUAGAUGAAGAUAUGGUUUUAGAGGGUCUUAGACCUCACCCCAAUUUGAGAAAGCUGCGAAUAUGUGAAUUCUCUGGUUUAAAUCUUCCGAAGUGGAUGGGUUCUUCAUCGUCUAAUUGCCUGCUUCUUAAUUUGGUUGAAUUAGAAGUAUCGUAUUGCAGGAGAUGUGAGAAGCUUCCAGCUCUAGGUAUGCUCCCAUGUCUUAGGAAUCUUACGAUUCAUACAAUGAGUUCAGUUAAGUGUUUGGGUGGAGAAUUUUAUUAUCAGCAGCAAGAAGAAGAAGAAAGUACCCAGAAGUCUACUACUACAGCGUCAUCCUUCUUGUUAUUCCCUUCCUUAGUUGAGCUGCAAAUCAAUUAUAUGCAUAAUCUAGAAGAAUGGGUUUCUCCUCCUCCAUCAUCUUAUUUUUAUGUUGAUUCCUUCCCUCUCCUUGAGAAGCUGUAUAUUUGGAUUUGUCCAAAAUUGAGAAGCACUCCGAACUCGUUUCCUUCUCUCAAGGUAUUGGAAUUUUGGGAAACCAACGACAAGACAGUGAACUCAAUCUUAUCUGCAGGGGGAUGUCUGACAUCUCUCACAUCCAUUAAAAUAUCACAUUCUCCAAAGCUGAUAUAUUUCCCAAUGGGCGCACUACUCCAAAACAAUACUCCCAAUCUUCAUUUUCUAGGGAUUUUUAAUUGUUCCGAGUUUCAAGGUUUUCGUGAUGAUGAUUUAAACAGCAGCAAAAGCAACAACAGUUCUCUCUACAAGCUGGAAUUAUCCGUAUGUCCUGUUUUAACAUCUCUUCCGGAUAUACGAUUAUGGACUUCUCUUCGGGAAUUACGUAUAUGGCAGUGCGACAAAUUGAAGGAUUCUAUACCGUAUGAUUACAAGACGUCACUCUCCUUUCUUCACUCACUCGAAGUUGAUUUUAUUCAAAGAGAAGACCCGCAGCUACCAUAUCCACAUAGUAGGUACAGCUCAAUUAAUCUGAUGGGGAAGUAGAUGAAGAUAUG